AUGACCGAGCAGCAGAUCAUAGGAAAAUACGGGCAAUGCCCUUUUGGCCUUAAUUUGUAUCUCUUCCUAAUCCUCUCUCUUCAACAAUGGCUGAAAAAAUAUGCCUUCUCUAAGAUUCUGAGAUGGAAACCACAGGACGCAUUGGUGGCAAAGGCACCUAAAAGGAAUCCGCUGAUAUUAAGAAUGGUGGUCUUACUUUUUGCCAUGGUUUGUGGACUGUACAUAUUUACAUUCUGUAUAAGGCAAACAAAUAGAAACAAUGAUCCUCUAAAAAUUCAAGUUAUUGAUCGAAGAAGAAACUGGCAUUGUAGAACUGCUCAAAUACAAGAAUGGGACAUUCCUUAUAUACAUUUCCCAGAACCUGAAACCUUUAGCAGGCAUGAAUGUGCUUGCAAUCCCGUCCGAUUCUUCGUGAUCGUAUCGAUGCAGAGAUCUGGAAGUGGAUGGUUUGAAACAUUGUUGAAUAGUCACAUAAAUUUAAGCUCUAAUGGUGAAAUUAUGGGGGCACAAGACACAAGGAGAAAUGUUUCUAUGAUUUUAAAGACACUGGACCAAGUUUACAAUCUUGAUUGGUUGAGUAGUGCAUCCAAGAAUGAGUGCACUGCUGCUGUUGGAUUCAAAUGGAUGCUAAAUCAGGGAUUGAUGCUGCAUCAUGAAGCAAUAACAGACUACUUCAACAGAAGAGGUGUCUAUGUAAUAUUUCUCUUCAGAAGGAACCUUCUUCGAAGAUUGGUUUCCGUGCUUGCUAAUGUAUUCGACAAGAACAGUAAACCUUUAAACGGAACGCACAAAUCACACGUGCAUUCUCAACACGAGGCUCAAGUACUAGCAAAAUACAAGCCUACUCUUAAUGCCACAGUACUAGUAUCCCACCUUAGGGCAGCAGAUCAGACAGUAGCAAAAGCACUGGAAUACUUCAAAAGCACUCGACAUAUUGUUCUCUAUUACGAGGAUAUAGUUAGGAACAGCACUAAACUAGAAGAAGUUCAAGAAUUUCUAAACUUGCCUCGAAGAAACCUUACAAGCCUUCAAGUUAGGAUUCACAGUGGCCCUCUGGCUAAACAAAUCGAGAACUGGGAGGUUGUCCGGGAGACGCUUAAGGGGACGUCCUACGAAAAUUUCCUACAUGCAGACCACAAAUUGUAG